AUCCAACAAGCCCGGAGCACGCCACUCCAGCGAUCCAGGUCACUCAAAUGAUCGAAUGAUCGUCUUGGAGCGGUAAUAAUACUGCAAAUCACCAGUCAUGAAUCGGAUCAAGAAAAUCCAAAAAUAAAUAAAUAAAUAAAUUAAAGGAAAGAUCCAAACCUCGACGGCGAUCAAGCCAUCGAGGUUUGCACAUUCUCCAUCACAAUGUAUUCUGCUUAAUUCUGAUUCUUUUAUUGGCCGUUUUUGAUGGCUCGUUUAACGCCGACUUGCUACAAUCUAUAAUUUCUUGUUUACUUUACUCUCCUUUUGGUGGAUGCCGUACUUCCCUUCCCGUUCCCGAGUUAUUUUGAGGUCGUCAAUCCCGCGAGAUGAGUUUCUGAUCUAGAAUCUGCUGGAGGACGACUUGCGGAGGUUACAACUGGAAAAGGAGAAUGCAGGGAAGCACCCCCCUUGGAUUCAGAACUGAUUUAGGGUUUUCUCUUGCAAUUUUCACUGUUUUGGAUUCGUCUUCUCCUUGUCGCCGUCAAUUGGGUUGGGCGUAAGGCUAUUGGUGGUGAGAGGAAGACCGGAUUGCUUGAGUCGUGGAUCCUCUCAUCAUACAUCGGAAGGAUGUAUCAAUCUCCAGGAUCCUCUAAGCAACCUUGUAGGCUCAUUGCGGUCUUAUGUGGGAAGUUUGCCGACGGGCAGGAGGGAAAGUGUCAGCGUCUUUACCGGUUUCCUGAACUUGUUUCAACAGGGCGAAUCGAGAUCCAUACACUCGUUAAUCCGACGCCAGAAAGUUUUCGUGAAGCUCAGAAAUCAUUGGAACCAAAUAUCCUGUUCUUCCAGGGGCAGCAACUUGAGAAUGAGGAAGAAAUCGGGAAUCUUGUUUGGGCAGACGUUGAUGUUUCAGAGCCUGACAUGUUCACUUCCCUCAUUGCUCCUCCACCCACAAUUGUUUAUCUGGAGGUUCCUGAUGGGGAAAAUAUAGCACAAGCACUUUACUUUAAGGGGAUUCCAUAUGUAAUGUACUGGAAGAACGAGUUCUCAUCUUAUGCAGCUUCUCAUUUUCACCAAUCGCUACUUUCAGUAGUGCAGAGUUCAUGUUGCCAUGCGUGGGAUGCUUUUCAACUUGCCCAUGCAUCUUUUCGGCUCUUUCACGAAAGGAACAAUUUAGUUUUGCAUGCUAGUGCUCAAAAUUGUAGCAAUAAAUUUGAACCAUAUUUACUGGGUGACGCCCCUAAAAUAAAUGCUAUAAUUCCUGAAAGUCUUCUAGAGGAUGGAGAAGAUUUGUCUUCUGAUACCCUUCCUGUGACAAAAAUUUAUGAUGAUGAUGUGGAUGUGAGGUUUCUUGUUUGUGGAUCACCUUGCACAUUGGAAGCAUGCAUGUUGGGUUCUUUGGAAGAUGGACUUAACGCCCUAUUAAACAUUGAAAUUCGUGGGAGCAAACUUCACAAUCGAAUCAGUGCUGCGCCGCCUCCUCUGCAAGUUGGCUCACUUUCUCGUGGUGUUGUUACCAUGCGAUGUGAUCUUGUGACUAGUAGUUCGGCACACAUAUCACUCCUUGUGUCAGGCAGUGCACAAACCUGUUUUGAUGAUCAGCUACUGGAAAGUCAUAUUAAAUGUGAACUUAUUGAAAAGAAUCAGCUAGUUCAUUCUCUUCCAGAUUUUCACAAAAGCAAGCCACAUCUGACAGAGCCUCUGCCUUCUAAAUCUGUUGCUUGUGGAGCUUCUGUUUUUGAAGUUUGUAUGAAAAUUCCGUCCUGGGCUGCUCAGGUUUUGAAGCAGCUGGCAUCGGAUGUAGCCCACCGUAGCUUGGUAACUCUUGGCAUUGCAUGCAUACAGGGUGUACCAGUUGCGUCAUUUGAGAAUGAAGAUGCUGAUCGUCUUCUAUUCUUUUGGCGGCAGAAAACAAAGGAAUGCCACAUCUAUGAAUUCUUUCCUCCUCUACCUGCUCUUUCAUCUCCUUCAAGGAAACGAAGGUCCAGGCCUUCAGAAACUAAACUGGAUACCUGUAACCAUAUCAUGGAAACAGAUGGGUCAUAUUUUCUGAAACAUGAUAGGGAUGCCUUAGAAGAUGUUGGCUCAUGGGAUGGGAUUCCUAGCCCUUAUAAAAGAUUUAGGAUUGCUACAAUGAAGCCCAUUCCACAUUUUCGCCGGUACCAAAUGUUGCCUUUUUCAGUUGGCAAGGAUGUGAAUGAUGGAAGCCAUGCAAAAGUUAAGCUGCAAAUUUUACCUUCCACAAAGUGUAAUAAUAUUCAUGCUCCUUUGAUGCACAGAAAAUCUAUAUCAAAUUCUUUUCGUAAGCAACAAAGUGUAACUCUAAAUCCUUUGCCAUUGAAGAAACAUGGAUGUAGGAGAUCUCCAAUUCAAGAUUGUUCUGAAGAGGAAUUCCUUGAGGAUGUCAUGCAAUUUCUAAGCCACAGAGGGCAUAGUCGGCUUGUCCCACAAGGAGGAAUUUCUGAGUUUCCUGAUGUUGUACUCAAUGCAAAACGUCUAGAUCUGUUCAACUUGUAUAAGGAGGUAGUUUCAAGGGGAGGUUUUUAUGUUGGGAAUGGCAUAAACUGGAAAGGACAAGUUUUCUCAAAGAUGCGAAACUAUACAAUUUCUAAUAAAAUGACUGGUGCUGGCAAUACAUUAAAAAGACAUUAUGAAACAUAUCUCUUGGAAUAUGAGCUAGCACAUGACGAUGUUGAUGGAGAGUGUUGCUUAUUGUGUCACAGUAGCACUCCUGGUGACUGGGUGAAUUGCGGCUUAUGCGGGGAGUGGGCGCAUUUUGGUUGUGAUAGACGACUAGGUCUUGCUACUUUUAAGGAUUACGCAAAGACAGAGGGCUUGGAGUACAUUUGUCCCAACUGUAGUCUUACGAACACUAAGAAGAAAUCCCAAAAUCAUGUGAAUGGAGGUUCCAGUACUGCUGCUCUUUCAGAGCAUACAUGAUUAUUUCUUUCUUUCUUUUUUUCAUUUUGCACAAAGAAUAGCCCAAGCUUACACUCCCUCUCAGAGUGUUAGUUCCUGCUGUUUACCAGACUUUAUGCUUUAUUUUAUUUGGAGGUGUGGAUUGAGGAAGAAAAGAAAUCAAAGGUGGGAACAAUCUAGUUUUUGGAAGGGAAAAUAAGGGGAAAGGAAGAGAAAAAGAAAGAGAAGGAAAAAAAAAAAAAAGCUAACCUUGUGUAACCUUGUGACCGCAAGAAUAGUCGUUGGUGGUCGUGAAGUCGCUCGUGGCUACGUGGGAGAGAUUUGGCAUAAGCUUUUUUUAACUAGGAAGGAAGAAAAGUUUGUUCUACUAGAUUGUGAUGGACAAAUGAAAUUUAAAAAAUAGUCCAUGAUUCUUAAAUUCGUUCA